CGUGCUAGUCCCCCUUCUUUCUAUCUACCUGGCAACCUCUGUUCACCUGAACAGCCAUCUUGAGCUAUACGCUGCGCUAUCAUAACUUGUCCCCUUUAAGACGUAUUUUCGAUUCGUCGAGGUGAUCAGCCGCGUCGACUCGUAGUUAACAGUAGCUAUGUGAGCUAAUUCAACGGACCGUCGUCGUAUCUCUCUAUCCUCGUCGAUUCCAGCUCCUCUCGCGAUCCUGUUCGCGCAUACAAGUUUCUUUCUUUCAAAUAAAUAUUUCACUCGAUUCCUUCCGGUUUUAUACAAAGUUUGUUUUUUCAACUCCUGUCCAGUGUGUCAAAGAGGAUUGAAGGUUUCUCAGGGAAUAGAAUUCAGUGAACUAGUGAAGUUGGGUGAUUGACAAUUCGAAACAGAUGUCUUUGGAGGUAUCUUGAGCGAAGUUCAGCGAAAGGGAGAGGUGAAGAUCGUUGCAAGGAAAAACGGGCUGCACCUUGCUAAGGCGAUCGGUGAAUGUUCCGAUGUAAAUGUCACGGGCGGCACUGGUACCGAUUUAACGUGAGAACGUACACUGCAUCUCGACGUAAAGCUGCAGGAUCGGUGAUGAGGAAACGCUGAAGACAAUCUAUUGGCGAAGGACGACAACAUGGGCUCGAAGAUAGAGUAUGUGGAAUCCUCUCAUAUGUACGCCACGAAUUAUAUUCGUAAUUCGAAAGCGAUCGGUGUUCUCUGGGGUAUUUUCACCAUAUGCUACGCUAUAAUCGGAGUCGUGGCAUUUGUCACGCCGGAGUGGCUGGGCGAUUUGGAACACGAGAAUCCAGGAAGAUUCGGCCUCUGGACCAGAUGCAGCUACGGUGGUAAUGGUGAAUUGGGCGAGGAAUGUAUAGGCAGAUUGGAUGAUCUGUCGACAAUCGCGAACAUUCCCUUCAGAGUAAGCACCAUUCUAGUCGGCGUCGCUGUCAUAAUAGCUCUAUUGACGAUUUGCGCGAUGCUUCUCUUCUUCUUCUGCCAGAGUACGACUGUGUUCUACCUGUGCGCCUGGAUGCAAGUAGUUUCAGCAAUAUCUAUGGCGAUUGGAGUUUGCAUUUAUCCCUUGGGCUGGGAUUCGCCUUUAAUUCGAGCUGUCUGCGGUGCCGCUGCAUCCAGAUACAAUCCAGGAGCUUGCGCCGUUAGAUGGGCGAUACCGUUAGCAGCAAUCGCGGCUCUAGAUGCUGCUACCUUGGCCGCGCUCGCUUUUAUUCUAGCGUCCAGGCACGUCAGACUUCAACCUGAACCCUUCAACAACGGUUCCUUGUACAAAGGUGAAGUAAAUCCAGGGUACGUGAACGAGGCGCAGAGUGUCGCUGGUUCUCGAAAAUCCCUCUCCUUGCGGCCGGUGCUCUUGGUCGCUCCACCAGAACAGGAUCGCUACAGCGAACUCUCCAGAGCGAAAUCUCAUUCACAUCAUAGCCUUUACACACCAGCGCCAUCUCACCCGGCCCAUACGAUGUCGACGAAUACCUUGAAUCAUUCUCAACAUAAUUUUCAAUUGUAGAUCACCGAAGAUCGUGACUAUAUCGCUGUACAUAGUUUAUCAUACUACCACAAGUAUGCUUUCCUUUUCUUAUUAGUAUUUUUAUAAUUCUAUGAGAAACGAGAACAAACACUGUAAAUAAUAUCAUCGAAUAUCUUUCCUUUAUGUUAUAGACGAGCGUUUCUUUUCUUUUUUUUUAUAAUUAUUUUAUAAUUUUAUACGAAUUAAUAAUUGCUAUGUUAAAUUAUGAAAUCUGAAAAGCUUGUAGAGAGUGACAUCCUGUCGAUUCUUAAUACUUUUGUAUUUUGUAUAUACAUUAGCGUAAUUAUUUUUAACGCGUUGUGAACGCGUUUCCCUUUGCAAUGUAUAUUCUAUACAUGUAAUUAAAGGUAGUUUUAUAUAUAUAUAUAUAUACAUAUGUAUAAUAUAUUAUAUAUGUUUGUUCUCUCGUUCCUAAUGAAUAAAUGAUAUAUAAUUGUCAGAACAGAACGGAACAGAACAGAACAUCAUCUUAUUUUAGGAACUUACAAAAAGUGGUACUACACUCUCUCUAUCUUUUUUUUUUUAUUAUAAACAAGUAACAUAAAUUAGUUGUUUUACAGAACGGGGAGAGUCUUACAUAGCAGGCAAGUUGCGUAUAAUAAAUAAAGAACACCAGAAUGUGAAUCAAGGAUGUUUUGUAUGUAAUUAAUAUUAUACCUAUCCUGUAAAAAUGUUAUUCUUUAAUAAAGAAAAUUCAAACGUGUA